AUGAUCAGGGGAUUAUGGCUGGUUAUGAUCGGCCUGCUUCGCUUUUUCAUUGAGGUUCUUUUGUUUCUGCCGCGCUACUUGUUCAUCGAGCGCCAUGACCGCAGUAGUCCCUUUUGGGGGGUGCGGGCGGAGGCGGUGGUGUGUUUUGUCCCCGCGUCCAGUCUGAACGUCGUGAACCGCAUCGGGUGUCUGAAUUGCCCGGAGAGUGCGAAGCGAGUCCUUUCGGCGACGCGGUAUCGGGGCAACUCCGUGAACAUUACCUCCUCAGAAGACGAACACGAGGCGGUUAUGAAUGAAGAUCUGAACUCGUUUAGCAUUUCCUCCACAACGAGCCCACGCCACACGCUGCUGGAUGGGGAUGGUAAUGGCAGUGAUGUGUGGACGGAGCAUAGUCGUAAUGACACAUCUGCGGCGGCGAUGAUGGACACUCUCUCGAGGUGGCUUCGGAGCACAUCUGCCAUUUUUAUGGGGACUCAAAGACUGAGUUGCGGCAGGGCAGCCAUGGCGGCGGCGAUGUCAACAGUGGGCGACGACCACAUUUUACAUGGUGUCUUCACAAGCGGCACCCCGUUUCUACACUACUCCCUUCUGCAGAAUGCAUCUGUGGAGGGGGAUGCACAGGAGAAACGACACCACACUUCAUGUAUGAGACGUUACUAUCAGCAGGAGAUGCAUUUGCGCGGGAGAAAUGGCGACAAAUUGUUCUGCUGUUUUUCUGGCGACAGCAAUGAGGCGGAGUCCAUCCAUGUUCCGUACCGCAUGUAUUCAAGGGGGCUACGGGAGCGAAAAGGGUUUAUCCCCCCCUGGUACGCGGUGCAUGCCAAGGCACAGUUGAUUCUUUCUCUUAUCGAUCCACUCUGGCGCAUCAUCACGGGGCUGUUUUUUGUCCCGCACGCAGAAAAGGAAUCGGGGAGCGAGUCACAACAUUCCCAGAGUUCCACUCAACAGACUGAGACGCACGUUCGUCGUCGUCAUGGAGGGCUUGAGAAAAGACCCCGUCGGAUGUCAGCAUCUGCCUCUCAGACAUUUUCGUGCAUGUUUACUGAAUUUCAACCCACCCGAAGAAAAAUUCCCGAUCCAUCAGAGGAGGUUUGCUUCAUACCCGAGCAGGCAGCCAGGGCAUUGUGGGCGCGGUCCCACACGACAAGGCAGGAGACAAUUGAUGAAGCGCCCCCGGCACGCGGGCACGUGCCCACUUUGACGUCAGCGCAGCUUUUCCUGAAACAUCGCACCAUCAAGACCGCUCCAACAGGAAAAAAACUCGAGGGCGUGUCGCGGAGUGACGUGGCGGAGGAGUCCCCAUGCCAUCCUGCCCGCAGUUCUACUAAGUCCAAACGGGCAGUUUCAGGGAAGUCUCAGAGGGAAGCGAAAACGGAAGAACAUGACACAACUCACGUAGCCACCGCUGGAUCCGCGUCCGGAGCUCGUAUAACUAGUGUGCAUUGGCUUCGUGGAUCGGCUCCUCCCGAUGCAUCCGAUUCUGCCACAUCCGUGAUUGUUCUUCUCUUGUGCCCCUCCGUCACACAGGGGAAUGAGCAUGGAUUCAUGGCACGACGCAUGGGCGCCCUCUGCGAGGCCCUCACAAAUAUAUCUAAAUUGCGUCGUCAGAACAGUCAAAACAGUUGCAACUGCAGGCGUCGGUAUUCACACCAAACGCAACUUGGAAUUGGUCCACCCGACGGCUUAAAAACAACAACAAUGACCGACGCUACGGACCCUCACUUUGCUUCUUGGCAUGCGGCCAUUCCUGUAGUUGAGAUGAUUAGCUGGCCAAGCGGUCAGUCGUCGGAGCAGGCGCCAUUGCCUGCGUCAUCUUUGUGUCGUGAGAGGAUGAACGUGACAGUAGAGGACAUUGGUCAGAUUCUCUCCCAUCUAGAAAGACGGCGAGCUCCCUCCGCAUACAGUUCCCGCGACACGAAUGAUGCGACGAUGGAAGUACACCGAGACGUGGUACUGGCUUCGGUUGCUUCAAUGCCGUCCAUGAGUCGAUCCGGCUCUUAUCUGCAAAGCGACGGAAAGGCUGGCCCUCGAAAUCUCUACAUUGUCGGUGUGGGCUGGUCAAACGCCAGCAGUCCGCUGUUGCAAUACGUGAUGUUGUAUGGCGCACAGUCGCGUAUCGACGGAAUCAUUUGCAUCAAUCAAACUGCCUCUUCCAACUAUGCGCUUGUCCCAGAAACGGUCUCGAACAGUCAAAGAAAACUGAGGGCUUUGGGGCGGGAUAGACAAUGGAGUGCAAGGAGCCACAAAACACCAUUUCACAGCACAUUUCUCUUGGCACCGGCUGGUGCCACACGUCUUUUGUUGCUUGCAGCACGGCUACAUCUCACGGCGGAUCGUCUCCUUGAACUGCAAAAAAAGCGACAACGGCGGUGCCAGAAGAUAAAGAAGGGAGAUGUCUUGUGUGCUGAAAAUGAUGCCGCCAUUUGGGAUUAUUUGCGUCGAACUGUAGGCAACUGUGCGUCUGGAGAUCAUGAAUCUCGAACUGCGAAAGAUGCAACCUUUUACCCUGCCCUGUCCUCCACGUGCCACCUUUCCUCGCGGUCACUUUUGUCAUCAGCAGAAUCACCGUUGGACUUUUUGCUUCAAGUAGAGGCGCAAGUGGAUGAAGAAAUGAACAGCUGGUGGAUCGAUGAUGUGCAGGCGGGUAAUGAUGACGAUGAUGAAAGCACGCGUGGCAGGAGCCUGUCUUCGCGGGGCGACCGCGCUGCACCCUUCUUGUCAAGUGGUGGGUGGCAUUCGCCAAUGGGUUUGUUGGACUGGGACAAGUUGCUAAAGAACCAACAGAACGUGUCGGCAGCCACACGCACGGGCAUUGGGUUCUCGGGGCGCCACACGCUGCCAUCUUCACCGCACGUCACCUCAAACGACACCCUAAAUGCAGAAGUUGUCGAGGCCAGCCAUCCUAAGAAUGACGACCGGGCAGAACCAGCGAAAACGACGGCUGGAAACGAUGAUGAAAAUGUUUGUGGUGAGGAGAUCAUUCCGCCGUCCCACGCACCUGCUCGUCGUGCGACACCGCCUUUUGAAAUGGCGCGCGGUGGGCCGGACCUCUUAUUGUCCGCACACCUCCUUUCUCCUCUCAGUCAGAACCUCGGCGACACACCGAGGAAAUUUGUGGCACCGAAGAGGAUGAGGUACGAGUUAAAUGCCCGUCCGGUGCCCUCACAGAACUCGGCACUGGAGGUGCUUUUAUACCGCUCCGCCAGCAGCGCCCACCUUGUCUCUCUCAUUCACGUGCCAACAUUAUUUGUACACGCGAAUGAUGAUGAAAUGGCGCCUCUCAGCACACUCCCAAUGCGAGAACUUGCAAGCAAUCCGUAUGUUUUUACCGUCCUGACGCGUCGCGGUGGAUAUGGCGUGUUUUUGGAGGGAAUAUCCACCUUGUACAAGCUGCCGCGGCUCACCUUACAGGAGCGAGAAAAAGCAAUGCACCAUAACAAAUCGUUAGAUGGUGAUGAGGAUUGCAGAACGUCAAAGACACGGCAUUGGUUACCUCAAUGGGUUCCGCUUAGGAGACGAAAUGUAAAGUUAACUUCAACAAUGAAAGUAAAUGACUCAUGCUUUGUCCCACCAAUCACCAGCACUAAAAAAAAAAAGAGGGGGAUGAAAAACGAUGUGGAAACGGUUUUUAUCAUUGAAAAUACUACAUGGCUAGAGCAACUCAUUGUAGAGUUUGUCGCAACAACCGUCCUUGUGUGA